UGUUUAACGCAAAUCUACUAAAACACUCCAGCUCGUACUAAAACAGGACUAGAACAACCUGUUAUCAACCCAUUAACAAUAAAAUAUGUAACCCGACUUAAUGCGUCUCUCCAGUUCCCGGUAAUCCCACCGCACGCUCCCCGGCCUCACGCUCCCCGCCCAGCGUCAGACUUCAAUCAUUUUCAUUUGAUGCUGAAUCUGACAGAUCGGUUUUCGUGCCGUACCGUGUCGUGCCAUGCUCCCGAAACACCAGUCCCGGCGAGACAGAUGUUCUGCAGCACUUAAACAACCCCACUUAACCCACAGUGGACGUCCCAAAAUUUACUUCACAGUCUCUUAACAUCCAUCUCUCUUAAUACACGAACACACACACACACACAGCCGUACAGCUAAAGAGGAUGUGUCUCUUGGGCAAGUGCGGGAAGCUUCAACCGUGGCAAAGUCGCCAGCCAAUUUUGAACGGGGUUCGUACCAUCGGAAGUACCCUUUUCUUAGUGUGUGCGAGUCUGCGUUUGUGUGCCCUGCCCUGUGUGUGUGUGUGUGUGUGUGUGUGUGUGUGUGUGUGUGUGUCCCUAAAAUGAGCUUUGCCGUGCACAAAAUCCCAUUUGCGCACAAUUGCUCCCGAAAGUCGGUUGCGAAGGAUAUUGGGAAGUCGCUUCGUGUCGCAGAAAGGCGACCAGAGACAAAACUCCGGAACUUUUCGGUGUGUGUGGGACGAGUGACACAAAAAAAAGAAUUUGUUGAGUAAGCAUCGCGGGGGGAAAGGCACAAGAAAAAGGCAAAAAAACAAAAAGGACCAAGGAAAGGAAAAAUCCAAUUCAAAUUUUCCAAAGCCUGGGCUCACCGUUCCGGAACAUGAAUACUGAAAUAGCGCACACCGCUGCCACGGCACCGCGGCGGGUAGUCUGUCUACCGAUCGCUAACGGAUUCGGAUACUUGCCUUCAGGUUGCACCAAAACGCCAACCCCCCCCCCCCCCCCCCCCGUUUUUUUGUUGGUGUCGGCAGUGUCCUCCUGUGUGCUUCUUUUCCUGGUCAUUCGACUUCCUUCCCGCUAACGGUUGGCGAAACAAACGAACGACUUAACACUCAAUCGAGAGCAGCACUUUGCGAUGGAGUGGAAAUGUGUUUAAUUAAAUCUCCAACUUCUUUCCAGUUGAUUUGAUAUUCAAAUUUCGAAAAUCCAUUUCGAACAACCAUUUUCCUGGCGUUUCCUCGCGUGUCUUCGGCCUCGACACAACCCUGAUCCUUAACCGGCUAGAAGGAAGCUGGUUGGUUCAGUCGUUUCCGCUGGUGAGGCUUCUGUCGGUCCCAUCGCGCGAGUUAAAUGACAAAACGUGUGCGCUUUUUUUUGGAGGGGGCAGGGAAGCAACAUUUCAAUGGAAGUGCUUCUUCGAUUCAUCUCAUUUCGAGAGCAUAAAACACACACACACCAACGCCUACAGCCACUUCAAAAGGUUGUGCUGCUACCAUUCGGGUCCUCGUCCUCGUGUCCGCCCUAUUGCUCGCACAUGAUGAACAUUUUACUUUCCCUUCGCCGGCUCGUUCGGCUGGUCGUGUGUUUUUGACUUUACACACUGCUCUUAUAUUCCACACCUUGUGCACUCUUGCUUUCAAUUUCGCCUCUGUCCUUAAGAUUGGCACCGGGACAGACAGACUUUCAUUACGGGGAAAAUUUCGAUUUUUCUUCCUUUUCGCUGUAUUGUGUUUUUCCUUCCUGUCCCUGCCUGUCCUGACGAUGGUUUUGGGGUUGUUGUUGUUCAAGAUGGAAGGUGUGAGCGGGCACUGUUUACUUCCCCGAGUCCUUCCCGCACGCUUUCACACUUUCAUUACAAUUGCCUUAUGAAACUUCCUAGAAAUGUACGGACAGCUGCCAGUAAGCGUGGCUUUGCUGCAUCUGCUGUACAAAUGUUCUGUUAACUUAACCGAUUUCAUGUCGGAUGUGUACAACAGGUAUUGCUUUAGAUUGUGACAUCUCACAACUUCAAUUCGCCUUAGUUUAGUGGCAGUGUUCUAAGCUAUUUACUCUGGACGGCAAUUAAUUUAUGACGAUUCAGUAAUCAUCACUGUUUGAAUUGAAUUAAAUAAACUCGUAACGGUUCAACUGUUUGCUUCAGUUCGUUGGACAAUUAUAACUCUAGGCAAAUGAAAACAAAGCAGUACCAUGAAAUUCAAUGGCAUCAACACUAUUAGAUAAUGAAUUAUUUUCAAAGACUUUAAGUGAAAUGCCAGUUUUUAUCUGUAAUUGAUUUUAACUUUUUCUAAUAUUUCUGUUAGUGAUUACACUGCCAAAAGAAUGAUUGUGGGUCAGAUUCAAAAAGGCAAUGCUAAAACUGGAAUUAGCUACGGAAAUUUGAAAUAGCUGCGCCUGUUAUUAUACAAUCUCCACAUUUUUAGUUGAGUUUAUAGCGAACCUGAAAAUGGAGUUUUAUGGAUCGAUUGACAAAACAUUUAGAACAACAUAAUUGCAUAUCUCGGACAUAGGUCAGCGAUGUCAAGCUCAUUAACACUGGUAGGGCAAGAUCACACACACACAAAAGUAAGGCAUAGUAUAAUAAAAUUUUCUAGAAUUUGCCGUUGUAGGCAAAACAUUAAUAGGUCGCCUAGACUUUGCUUGGUGUCGUGCGUUUGACAGCUCAAACUUUCUAUGACUCUGGCACAUAAAUCGAGCUGAAUCACGCUGAAGGUUUGUGCAAUUUUGGCCCUCAGAAUGUCAGUAAUUGGCAAAAGUGUAGCUGUAAGAAAAAUUCCAGCAGAGUUAAUGAACAAGAUCUUAGUGGAAGAUUGUCACCACUUACACGUGAGACAUGUUUACUUAAACGAACAGGAGAGUCCUCGUUGGUGGAUCAACCCCAAAAUGCACACCAAUUAGCAACUAUCUGGUGAUCCUCGUGUUGGAUUGGUUUUGUUCCAAAUGCAAAACUUUCAUUGGGAGUUUUUCAACGAAAUUGCAUACUUUCAGGCGUACAACACAUUAUGUAAAGCAAAACGCCUAAAGUUAUGCAAUUCUUACAACUACAACUACUCUUUUUAUGAUCCAGAAAAUAUUCACCCUGUACAAAUUUCGUUCAUAGUAUCUCAGCAAACCCCGGCACACUAAUUAUCAUACAACCAAAAAUUGCUGCACUCCCCUUCAAUUAUGCACACAUGGAAUACAUUUUCCCCCAUUAAUCCAAACCAAAACCAACCCAAAUUCGAUGAUACGGUUGCCCGUAAAAGUUUGCAACAGAAUAACACUUCCGGUGCGGAAGUGUAGUUUUUAACCAAUCCACCUUUGCUACCACCUUCCACCUUCCAUUUUCCCUUCCCGGCGACCAACGCAUCCAACCCCGGGAGGUCGCAGUUCAAUAAGUCCAUUUUUCCUGUGAUUAUCGAAUUUUGAGUUCGAUUGGGUGAAGUGGUAGUUUGGAAUGUUUCUCUUCUGUUUUUCUGUUUUUUUUUUUUUGUUGUUUCCCCCCACCGUACCGUGUGUUUACGCUUGCCGGACACAGUUUUCCCACCAGCGAAAUGUGGGCAGCGAAGAAAUAAAAACAAUCAACACAAAUCCAAACACAACGCGCGAGAGAGAGAGAGAGGAUAUUUGGGAAUCGGGAAAUGCGGAAACGAGCGAACGAGCGAAACGUGAACCAUAACGAAAGCAAUCAAUAAGUGAUUAUUUUGCAGCGGUACUGAAUCAAAAAUGCAAACAAAUAAAAAUAAAACAGCUCCCACAGCCACCACUCGAAACAAAAUGUUUGCAAGAAGGAGAGCACAUAAAAAAAAAACAAAUGGCUGCAGAACAAAACGGCAAAUAGCACGUUUGGUUGAGGUUGUGUGUUGUGUGGGGCAAAGCGCUGAGCUGGAAGUGAAAUUUCCACCUUCAAUUUCCACGUUUUCCACAGCCGUAGCUCCCAUUACUGUCAGGGGCAACUUUCCCGCAAGUCCCGGUGCGACUCUUUCGUGCAACAAUUUAAAGCUGGGCCGCUCGCAGCACGGUGACUCUGCCAGGUUUAACGAGUCCUGCCAGUGGUGGGGCUACCACUGCAAGCUUACAAUUGAUUAUCAUUCCAAUUGUGAUUGUUUUCUCCGGUGAUUUAUGCGAAAUUCCCAACCCUUAGUCCCUCCGCCCGCUGCUUACUGCUCUAUCAGUUGCAGUUGAGGUGCCGUAUUACACCAACACGUCCUUGUGCUGGUUGCCGUAGUGACGUCGGACUCCGGCACGGUACGGAAAACUUUUGUCCACUCCAGGGAACCGGUGUGCAAUCAUCACAGGCCCGCUCGGCAAGUAUUUUAAACAACAAUUUACAGCAACAAUCCUCGAUGGCAGUUCGGUGCCGCAGGACAUAAUUCGCAGAAAACUAGUCGCUCUUCUCCCUGCUGCACACCAUCACCAGUGGGAAGUAGGAAGGCAAUCAGAAUUGAUUUGAUUAGAGAUUCACGGCGUCCACGCAGCGUCAUCAUAUCGUCAUCGCACUACGUCAACAAUAAUUGAGAUUCUGGCGAUGAGCAAGCAAAAGAAACCCGCCAGAGAUUAUUUGUUCCGCUCCGUACAUCUCCGGACAUUGAUCGUUCAUCGAAUCAAUCAGCCCGUACAUCAUUUCCCGUCGCUUCUAAUUUACACCAAUCCCACUGCAAACAAGUGUGUGUGUAAACAGGACGAAAGCUUUCGCUGAGGACGUUGCCUUGCGCUUGGACAGCUUGCAGUGGAAAGGUAUCCACAAACCAUCAAACACCUACGACCCCCGGCCCGAGAAUCGAUUUCGUUCCACCACUAACGACGAACGAGGGGAAUCGCUAAUCGAUCGAUAAUGACAAAAUAACAACGGACGAGCGAAGUGCACGAACGCCCCUGCCGAACGGUUGUGGAACGGCUGAAAGGCACCUAAGGUCAAGGGCUUACGCGUCGAGAUUACGCCCGUAAAGUACGGCACGGAGGUAAAGGAAACUGGAACACUAAACAAACGCGUCAGUAUCUCACAAGAACGCGUCCAUCAAACGACGAGAGGGUGUGGGUUCUGUGUGGACGUUUCGUAAGCUGUGACACACUGAGCAACGGAAGCAAUGCCGGUCACAAGCAUGUGUUCUCGAAGUAGAAGCGGCAGCAGUAGGACAACUUCUGCCAUGGUCCUUGGGGUAGUACUCGUGCUCCUAACGUUCGCCACGAAUCGAAGCCUUUGCAGUGUAGCACCACAUCCGGCCACUAUUAGCGUUACCUCCAGUGUACCCACAUCCAGUAGCAGUAGUAGCAGCAGCAGCAGCAACAGUGGUCCCGCUCCCAGCGAUAGCACCGACCGUUCACAUCCGCCCGAUGAACCGGAUGUUACCACGGCACGCACAACGCAACCACCGACCGGGACCGGGACGUCGCGCAAGGAUGCGUCGGCCCAGGGCGAACAGCCGCCCGAAGGUCAGAUACCGCUGGAACGGUUGCCCUCCAACACGCUGCUCAAGUACACCGCCUACAAGGACGUCUCGAUACUGCACUUUCGCAUACCGACCGACACCCGUACAGCCUUCUUUAGCUUUAAGGCGUACGAGGAAUCCAAAGGUGCCUUCCAGCGCAACUGCAAACCGAAUGAUAUUACGCUGCACCUGAAAGCGGGCAGCUAUCCGGUCAUCAGUCCGGAAAACAUCACAUUCCCCAAACACUUUCUGGACGCCGAGGAACGAUUCGAAAUCCACAGCCUACAGUUCAAGUCGGACAGCACAACGCGCCGGCUAAGCAUCGAAGGUCCGCAUCCGGGCAACUGGUUCGCCGUGGCAUUCAUCAGCUGGACCGAUCCGAACAACGAGCGAAUCGAGCAGCAAGGUCUUGCUGCAUCCUGCGAAACGUUGCUAAUGUCGGAGAUGUCCGUCGCGAACGCACAGCCCCAGAUGCUUAACGUGGAUGUGCGGUACGAAGGAACGCUUGCCGCGGACCAGCCGGAACCCAAGUCCUUCAAGUUUUUCGUCCCGAGCAACGUGUCGAUCGUUACGUGGCGCUUUACCAUCACACAGCCCUGUGCGAACUGUACCGACGUUAGCUUCCAUGUGCAGGCGAGCGCCCUGCCGACGGCCCGCAAUUAUCUCCAGAAUGCCAUCAUCUGUCCGAACCAAACGGGUGACGUCAGCAUCGAUUUCUAUCCUCACGAAAGUGCCUGGCAUUACGUGGACAUGGACUUUAUGCGUGAGAAUCCACCGACCAGCAGCGGUACAAUUGUGGCCGGACUUCACGCCAACGAAACGAUCGUCAUGUCGGACGCCACAAAUCAAACACGGGAGGAACGAAAGCGGGACAGUCCGCCAACGGGCGUGCCCGAUCCGCAGAGCUUAGCGUACACGGUGGAGCUGAUCUACCAUGCGCAUGAGGCUGCCCCAGAUGCCGCGUCUACGAUGACUCCGUCCACCGAGGAAACGACGCGCGAAAGUGUCGACUCUUCGGAUGAAAGUGAUACGCGGACAGCGGACACCAAGUCACUGCCGAAUCGAAGCUUCGACCGCUACCCGGUACUGCGGCAGACGUACCGCGAGUUCUUCAUGUUCGACUACGACCUGCUGCCGGACGUGAACGGUACGGUGCCGGUGACGCUCAACCUCACUGCCGGCAUCCCUGCCCUGAUGAAGUUCGACGUGAACGAUGUGUACGACAUCGGGGGUACGCUGAGCUUUGCCGUUGCGAUGCGGCAAGAUCUGAAGGGCAGCCUGAUCGAUGCACGGCACGAGUCGACCAACGAGCAUGCGGGCGUUGUGGCUGAGAAGCUGGUCGACAUACAGGAGGAGUUCGUGCCGGAACUGCCAGCAGCAAUGACAACCACCACGACCACCACAACGUCCACCACCACGACGACGACCACGGUAGCGCCGAGCAGCACUACCGAGGCGGAGGACAAGGCAAAGCAGUCUGCCGGCAAGGCUAACCAAACGGUUAUCGUGUGUCUGAGACUGGAAGAGCCGGGCAUUCCUACCUGGCCCGACAAGUGUGUGUACGGACGGCACAUCUAUCCCGCCGCAAUCGUCAUCAACAACACGGAUGCGGAUACGAACACCGGGCUCGUGCACGUCCCAUUCCCCGAACCGGGCAGUUGGUACGUUACGCUGGGACUGUUCUGUCACGGAUCGGAGGCAACGGCACGAUCGACAAUCAUCGACAGCGUGAAGGACUUUGUACGCUCGUACCGUUCCACGCUGGAGACGAUGCGGCCACCGUGUUCGUGCACCGAUCGACUAAGCUACUAUCGCAGCUGUCUAGCGGAUGACGCUUGCCUAAGUUCGCUCAACGAGACGGAAACGCUCAAGAUCAAGGAGUGCAUCAUGGAUGCCAAAUGUACCGGGAGUCGAUCGGAUGAGAUGGCACGCAAGUUCGAACAGCACCACAAGUACGCCACGGAACAGAGCGUGCAAGGCGGAGUCGCCGACAGUACGUGUAAUUCCAGCGUAGUCUUCACCAUCUCGUCGAGUCCGUGUGUGGCCGGACGGUGUGGACGAUUCGGCCGCUGCUAUCACUACAUGUCCGGUGGGUUCGUGUUUUCCACGUGUCUGUGUCUGCGGAACUACCGCGGCUGGGACUGUACCGAAGACUCGCAGGUACCGUCGAGUGCUUCGAUCCUGCUCGCCUCCCUGAUGCUGACGCUCUCCAACCUCCUCUUUCUGCCGAGCAUCUUUUACGCCGUCAAGCGCGGCUACCACAGUGAAGCGAUCAUCUACUUCUUCGCCAUGUUCUUCUCGGCGUUCUACCAUGCGUGCGAUUCGGGCGAGGAGGAGUUUAGCUUCUGUCUGGUGAAGAUAGGUGUCCUGCAGUUCUGUGACUUUUACUGCGGUCUGCUCGCCAUCUGGGUCACGCUGAUCGCCAUGUCCAACAUACGGCACCAGUUCGUGUCGCUACUGCACAUGCUCGGUGCGAUCCUGCUCGCGUUCGGCACGGAGCUGAACAAGCAAUCGCUCUGGGUGUUUCUGGCACCGGCCCUCACCGGCAUCUGUCUCAUCUCGGUCAGCUGGGGAUUACGCUGCCGGAAGACGAAGCGAUGCUUCCCGGCACGAAGCUACCUGGCGCUGUACCUCCCGAUCGGCAGCGUGCUCGUCAUGGUGGGGCUGGUCUGUUUUGCCUUCCUUCAGACGAAGCAAAACUACCACAUCGUACACUCGAUCUGGCACAUGGUGAUGGCGCUCAGCAUCCUGUGCCUGCUGCCGGACCGCAAAACGUUCCACCCGAAGUGCUAGCAUACGGUGAGAAUCUACCUGCUCAACUCGGGCUCACCCUCGACGUCGACACAGUCCCAAUCGUCCGGCUCGAUGUCGACGUCCUCCACCACGUCGUCCUGCUCGACUGCGGCAACCGUGGCCGCCAGCACCACCACCACCACCACCACCAGCUCCACCACGGCUGUGAUAUCUCCGUCGUCCCCGGUGUCGCCAGCGGUUCCGUGCACGGUGUCCACGAUCACCGACGAACAGGGCGCGGUCGUGCGCCGACACCCGUCCACGAUCGAGGAGUGAGUCCCCGGGGUGCAGCACUGCCUACCGCGAUUCCGUAGCGAUGCUGUGACAUUUGUUAUCACCGAUGUUAUACUCUGUCCCCCGCCCCACAUGCACACUGUAGCACCCGUGCACUACACUACUAGUAGUAUUACUGAUAGCAGAGCACUAACACCACACUCCCCUGUUUGAUCGUUUGAUGUCUUUUUCCCCAAUCGAAAAUCUGACACUAGAUAGAGAGAGUGGAAUCGGUCGGUCGAACAACCUUCCCCUACUCGAUAUGAUGUGAUGUGUUACGUCUCGUGUUUCUCUCUGCAUAGGUGUAUGGAUGUGUAUGUCUCUAAGUGUAUGUGUGUGCGUGUAUGUAUGUAUGUGUGCUUGGAAGAAUAGGAUUGGUGGCCGUUGUUGCUAGCUAGCUACUUAGUAGUAGUACGACAUAUAUCUAUAUACACAGAGACAUGUGAACAUUUUAGCUCAAAACUCCAUGUGAUUCGUCGUCCACAUUCCGUGCUAUUGGUGAUCCUCUCCCGUCGAUAUAGAGUAAUAAGAGACUAUUAGAAGCAAAAACACGAAACAAAACCCGAAAUCGUGCUCGAACUCACACACACACACUCACACGAAACUAAUGUUUAGGGGCUGAUUUACACCGAUCGAUCGACCAUUGUUUGAUAAACUCAUACGUGCCUUGCUGUAGUAGAAGCGAAACCGGAAAGCCCGAACAGAGUUGCUGCGGACAUACACACACACACACACACACACACACACACACACACACACACACAACACGUGAAGCCUUUUUUAAGGGAUGGGAACUCAACGGAAGAGGAGGAUGCAUCGAGAGCUAAGGACGGCCAUAGUUGAUGCAGCAGCCCAGCUCGGAACGGGAUACUCUGUCACCGGUUUGAUGAAGCUUUUACUUCUCCAACUUCAGCGUCGUUGUUUCGGGUUUUCCUUUCUCUGUGUUGCGUUCCGACUUACGAUACGAUGCACCGAUGCCACCUUCCCGUUUUUCGUACACACUCACAACCCCCUUUUUGCGCACAACCUUUCAACCACUAGGGAACUUGAGAAAUGAAACAAACCUAAAGAAGAAAAAAAAACAGAAGAUACAUAGGCAUAAGGAUUAGUCUAAGGAUAGAGCAGAGCAGCGAGGACGAAAAAACAAAACAGCUAAAUGAAUGUCACUUUCCCAGUAGUGCAGCGUGUGGAGCGUCGUCAGCAGGAAGAGAUAUUCAAGGGAUGUGACUCCACGAUUAGACAAGAGCCUACUAUUUACUAUGUCGGGUGCGUAGAGCGCAAACUCUUGCAAAGUUUGUAUGUCCAAUGAAGGAAGGGAGAGAGAGAGAGAACGCACACAUUUGAUACAAAAAGAUAACCCUAAGCUAGCAAAACUGUUCCGGGAAGGAAGAACACUUUGCCAGCCACCUUCUACUCUAUUGUAUACUGUUGCAGCUCGCACGAUUCUUUUUUGGAGCAAUAGAAGGAGUAGAAAAUCCAACACAACACUUCACAUCACGUUUACAGCUUAUACGGAUAAGAACUUACGAACCAUUUACCAGACAGCAACAGCAGAGCGCGAAGACAGCAGGCUAACAAAUAUUUUGGAAGGGAAGUUCAUUUAUAGCUAGGCGCAGCACAGCACUUACAGCAGCAAAUACAGCGAAACAAAGGAUGGCAUGUUUGACAUGCCCCGUGCCAAUCAUCGGUGGAACGAUGUGGUCAAGAUUCAAGAUGGCAGCUUUUAUACCUUCGUUAGCCGUGCAUCACGGACCGCCAGUUACCAUAGGAUUGUGAAUCCGCCAUAGAAAAACUAAUUUAACGGACAGCCACCAGCACAGUUUCCUUCCUUCGUUCGGUCGUUUGCAACCACAAAACACAAAGCAAUUAUAAAGACUGCAGCAAGACAUUUCGGCGAGUUUUUUUUUUUCUUUUCUGGCUGGUACAAAGUAUCGCUACUGUUGGGAAAAUGCAGUUGUGAGCAAAGAAAAAACACACCCUCAUCUAAAUGAAAUACCAAAGCUAUCGCCUCCGAAGCCACCCUCACUUUCCGGGGGCGAAACCAAUAGGAUACACGACGAGUAAAUAGUGGAUGGAUGAUGAUGUAAAUGGAUGGACAGCAGGAGGAAGAAAGUACAUUUUCACUUACAAGUUCCAUCUUUUUAAAGUUUACGACACGACGCACACACAGACACUCACACACUGGAAGGGAAAAGGGAAAAACUUUGCACAAACUACUAUCAACCUACGAAUACGAAUAGAGUGUGUGGAAAAAUGGGCGGAUACUAAGGCGGGUACACCUGUGCCUCGCUGUGCGGGAUUCGGAUUCGGAAGUCUUCUUUCAUGGCGAACAACUAUUUCGGUGACGUCAAGGUCAUCGUCGUCCACUCAUAAGCCACUGGUGCACUCGUCUCAUACUUCUCGUAGGCAAAGAGAUCUUCUUGAGCGUCCUGCGCUCUGGUGGAUUUUCGGGUUUAAUGCUUCGUUUCAACCUGAAAUACAUUUAGAUAAAUUUAGUUACUGAUUGGAACCGAACCACCGUACAACGAGGCACGUGUGUACAUAGAGAGAGAGAGAGAGAGAGAGAGAGAGAGAGAGAGGCACCGCACUAAAAGACAUACAACUGUAGGAAAGUUGAAGCGGAUACUUGAAAUCGAUCGAAAGUGGGAAAAAAUCUAUGUGUAAUAGCAAACAGCAAAGAUCUAAUAAACGUUUUCUAAUAAAAAAAA